AGCAGAUCUCAGCAAUUUAUCGCAUCGCCGCAUCUAACCCUAAACUGUCUCUAACUGGCUCAGCCGGACCGGGUGUUUGCACUGAGGCUGCAGAGCUUUGUGUUGAGUUCCCACAGAGGGAGUUGUCUCGCUGCUGAUGCUGGGGAGAUUAAUCCUUUAUCUCCCAUCUUUUCUUAUCGCCAUCUCCUCUCUCCCCCCUUGCGUAUCUGAGUCGACACCAGUGGCAUAUUGGACGCGCUGGAUGGCUGGUGUACCUAGCGAGCCGGCGUGAAUCUUUUUUUUUCAUCAUCUUCAUCUUUUACCUGCUUUUGAGCCUGAAAACAAAACUGCAACAACAAUGACAGACCCGGCCAGCCAAGAGUCCUACCCUGUCCCAGACCCGACUAUUGUGGAUCCCUGCCCGGCUACGGUGCGGAACGGCCAGUGCGCCCCAGAUGGCUUCACCAACAACCAUCACCAGCAAGCCAAAACCCCCAGCCAGCCCGAGACGUUCACCACGGGCCAGGAGAUGAAAAUCACAGACAGUGUGGAGGGAGAAGGUCUCCUCGAGAGCAGCAUGCGCCUGAAGCCCCAUGAGGCUCAGAGCUACAGGAAGAAGGCACUCUGGGUCUCCUGGGUCUCCAUCGUGGUCACGCUCAUACUGGCUGUGGCAGCUUUCACUGUAUCAUUCAUGAGGCACAGCGCGUCAUCCUUUGGAUUUGCCUUUGAUGCCACGCUGGACGUCCUGUCAUCAGUCAUUGUCCUCUGGCGCUACAGCAAUGCAGCAGCUGUGCACUCAGCACACAGAGAGUAUAUAGCAUGUGUAAUCCUUGGGAUUGUGUUCGUUCUUUCCUCCCUGUGCAUCCUUGGAAAGGCCAUCCAUGAUCUGGCAACCAGGAUGCCCCCGGAAGUGGAUGACUUCCUCUACAGUGUGUCUAUAGUGAGCGGGCUCACAUGUGCUGUGCUGGCUGUAGCCAAGUUCAUGCUGGGAAGAGUGCUGACUAGCCGGGCACUCAUCACUGAUGGGUUUAACUCUCUGGUCGGUUCAAUCAUGGGAUUUUCCAUCUUGAUCAGUGCCGAAGUCUUCAAGCACCAUGCUGACGUCUGGUUUCUGGAUGGCACCAUUGGAGUUCUCAUUGGACUCAUCAUUUUGGCAUAUGGUGUCAAACUCCUGAAGGACAUGGUGCCCCGUGUGAGACAGACGAGGAACUACGAACGCUUUGAGUGAGAGUGUGUGUCAACCAGACGAGCAGGUUCAAACACACACGUCCACACACCUGGCUGCCUCCUGCCCUCCACCAUCUUCUCUCUGUCUUUCAUACACACCUCAAUACACAUUUCGCCUGCAUAUGCAGCACAUACAUGUUCUCAUACACAUGAAUAUACACACGUGCUGUAUAUACUGUACAUAGUACAUUCAUACAUUCAGACAAACACACAUGCAUGCACACACAACUGAGAGACUUUGAGGGAAAAGGACAUGAUUGAGGACCACAUCCUGGAGAGGAAACACUUCAAGUAAAAUCCUUCUUUUUCCCCGCUUUUCUUCACUUUUUGUUCAUGAAACCAUGGGUUUAAAUGUUACACCUAGAAUAAGGAAAAGGCCCAAGAGCUGAGACUCCUGUUUGCCAGCAGGGGCCUUGGAUUUGUUUGACUGGGAGAUAGUUGCUGCUUAAAUGGCACCAUUCACAUCAUCACAGUUUUCACCUGCAGGAAACUAAAGCAUAUUGAUUUGUCCUUGUGGUUCAGCUAUUGUCAUGGUGGGCAUAUUGGGUCAAAAUUGAAAUGUUUCAAAUUGUGUAGAGUUUUCUUAAAUGAGGUGUAAACACAUACAAAACACAGUAUGUUUCCCCAUGUAAUUUACUUGCGUAAACAUGUAAUUAGCUUUUUAAGAACCACUUUGUAUCCCUGUUGUAUCUUAGUUAAGAAUACAAUCUCCAAGUUAAGCUGAGGACUGCUCAGUAAUUGUAUUAUUAUUCUAGUUAUUGUUCAGUACAGAUAUUCCUUUCCUAAAUCAGACAGAGAGUUCCUGUCCAAACCUCACCAGCCUCCUCCCAAAGCAGACACUAUCCAUUCUAAUUUGUUGCUGAGAAAGGAAGAGAGGACCUGGAUAGCAGAGGAAAGAGGACUUAGACAGAGAGCAUAUGAGCCAUACUGAGUCAGCAAAUGCUGCUUUGUCCAAAAGGUGAAAAGCAUCAGUGAACAGUCAGGUGAGGUCAGCCUUGAUCUAGAAACUCUACAACUAAAAGCAGAGCACAGGAGACACUAAGGACAAACAUUUGCCAUACAGGGGCCGUAAGCCUAAAGUGCACAAGUUAUUUAUUUACAUUGCAUAGCCUUCUGAAAUGUAUGUAAUGUAUCCAAGCACAAAUUAGCCAACUCUCCUUCAUACGCAGGUGUUUGUUGCUGACAGUUUAGCACAAUGGGUAAUUACAAACUAAGAAAUUAUUUGAGGGCCUGUUUUGUCUUAACUGCUGUAUCUAAUAUGUUUCAUUGCCAUAUACUGUACAUAUCUUUUGAUUUGUUUACAGACACACAUACCUGUCAGUUAUUUACUGAAAUACAUUCAGUAUCUUUUGUUUUUUACUUGAAAUUUACUUUGACAAAGUUUUACCAACUAAUAGCUUACAACUGGAAAAUAGUAAUAAAAUUAAAGUAUUUUUAAGGGUAAGAUGGAAAAAUUUCGUAAUAUGUUUUUGUUUUUGAUAAUUAGUAGAUGUAAAAGCACUCAACUCUUCAGGAAAAUCUCUGGUACUAUUUACCUUAACUCUAUUAUUUAUCAUUUUCUCCUGAAAUAUUGUACUUAAUCCACUUGAGAUAUAUUAUUUUAUUCAUGUUUGAUUCUUUUUAUUUACUUGUUUUGAUUUCAAAGUUCACCUGAAAAGUUUGAUAAGAUGAAGUCUCAAACUCAAGAUGAAACAAAGCACAAUGACCAAGACAAAGCAGUCUGUGGGAAUAUAAUUUUUAACUGCAUGUCAUUUGCAAAGACGGAUAGUUUUCUCCCCUAUGUCUGCAUACCUGCUUAU